UCAAUGUAUUUUGCGUUGGAUGCAAUGCACAACUUAAUGUUUCUCAAUUAGUAAGUAAGUUCGGUCUGGAAACAUCUCGACGGAACAUUUUUCUCGAGCUUACAACUUGUUACUAUUAAGAGCUUUAGUCAGAUAUGAACAAACGACUGAAAGAUUACAAAAACGUGCCAUUUUCUAACCGCCACAAAACGCUCGGUAGUUUUCAUGCGCGUAUUUUUCCAUAGCAGCGGAGCAAUCGUUGCCUAGCUGCUCAGAACUGUUUGUCACUUUGGAAGUUUGGCCAGUCAAGUCUGUGAAUAGACACUGUUAAAACAGCAUUUGCAUGUCGCAAACUUGAUACUGUUUGAAUAAAAAGUGUUCCGCCAAUUUAAAAAAUCGAAUUUUCUAAAAAUGAACUCCAGCAAUAUUUGGCAGCCGGUGAUUUGGCGGAAGUCUGAAUUAAACAAAAUCAAAAGCAAGGCCAAGUUGCGAACCUUAGAUGACAAGCUCGACGCCUUCAAGCAAAGCGAACUGGAGAAGCGCAACUUACUGGAAGAAUCGGAGAAACGGAAAAAGCGUCUCCAAGAACUGGACAGAGAAAGACAAAUGAAAAGUGAGGGCGCGGGAAACCUGCUGGAAAACAAUGAAAGUCAAGACUCCAGCAGUACAGCUCGCCAAAUUAUUGAUAGGGCUUUCAUGGCUAAACUGGAACAGGAAGAGGAAAUCAAGAGGGCAAACAGAAUUAUUCUCGCUGCCAAGUGUCAUAUUAUCCGAGAUGCACAAAUAGCCGAAAAGCAGGAAAUUCAACGGGAAUUACGAAACGAUGAGCUGAGACUAGAAAAAGCCAUGCUUGAGGAAAACGAAAAGGCGUUGAAAGAAGAAGAAAAGAAACGGGACCAUAAUAAGCUAUUGACAAUGCAACAUUCGGAAGAAAUUCGAAGCCAAUUACAGCAGAAGGAGAAAACAAAACUUAAAGAAGCUGAACGCAUCGAAGAAGAAGCGAGAGUACUGAAGCAAGCCCAGUUAGCCAUCUCGAUCGAAGAAGAAAAACAAGAGAAAGAAAAAAGGGAAAAGGUUAACAGAAUUCGAGACGAUUUGCGAAAAGCAUACGAGUUGUCGGCAUAUUAUAAGCAGCUCGAUUUCGAGGAGCAACGCAUAGCCGAGCUCAAAGUCCAGGAAUAUACUAAGCUUCGCAACGAGAGAAAAGCUAGGCUCGAUUUCGAACGAAAAAUCGCUACCGAAGCCAGGGAAAGGGAACAGGAUAGGAUGUUGAAGAUACAACAAAAACUCUUGACCACUAAAUCCGCCAAAAACGAUAUGGACCUGCGUCGUGGUCAGGAGCACGUGGAAAGAGAAUUUAGGAAACGUGAAAAGGACGCCGUCAUAAGAAAACGAGAGAUCGAGCAACAAAUCGCCGUAGCUAGAGCUGCUCAGCUUGAGGCAGUUAAAACCGAACGUGCCCUCCAGAUCGCCAGGGAUGAAAUGGAUCAUCGGAGGGCUGUAGAAAGGUUUCAGCAAGAAGAGAAAAAAGAAAUUGAUCAUAGGCAAAAGUUAUUGCAACUACGAUCGAAGUAUCGCAGAGAAAUAAUCAAUCAAAUCAAUCAAAAGGAAGAAGAACGACGAGAUAAGGAGAGGUGUGCCAAGAAAGAACAUACUUCAACUCAGGACGAAUCAAGGAAGCGUGAAAUGAACAUAAAAUCUAUCAUAUCCAAUAAAAUCAAGUUAAUGCAGGAGAACGGCGUUCCUGAAAGGUUCAUCAAAGAUGUGGAAAGACAGCUGAAUACAUGCAAGUAAUAGGAAACUGAAGGCAACAAUGAGUUGUACUGAGAAA